AUGAAAUAUUCAGCACCUUUAGUCGACGGUCUUUUUUUGUUAUCAAAGAGUCAAACCAAAAAAAGAUUUAUUAAUACAGGAAUAGAAAGUUUAAAUGCUGUUUUGGGAGGAGGAAUCCCUGUUGGAUACAUCACAGAAUUAUGUGGUCUGGCUGGAUCUGGAAAGACACAAUUAGGUUUUCAAUUGGCGAUAAAUUGUGUGAGAGAAACUGAAAAUACGAUACUUUUUGUUGAUACUAAGGGAGAUUUUGAUGCCGUUAGAAUUCAGAAAAUUUUAGAUAAUAUAGGUUCUUCACAUCAGGAAAUGGCAAGAGCUCUUUUAAAAAUUGAAAUAGUACAGAUAUGGACUAUGGAGGAAUUAAUUGAAUUGUUCAAGAAAUUAAAAAAUAAAUCUGUAAGCAUUGAAAAUUUAGCAAUGAUAAUUAUUGAUUCCUUGCCAUGCUUGAUGUUUCAACAUUUUGGAGAUGAUAACAAAAUAGGUUUGACUUAUUUAAACAUAUUUGUUAAUUACUGUCGCUCAUUGUGCAAAAAUCAUGAAAUUGGUGUUUUGUGCAUUAAUAUACAAACAAGAUGGGUGGAGCAGGAUAUAACAGAUUAUAUAGAUGAUAAAGACCAAACAAGAGAUAUAACGUAUGUAGAAAAACAAAACCGUUGCUUAGGAAAGUACUGGCAACACAUUCCAGCAGUUAUUAUUUUCAUUGAUAAGUUGAAAUUAGAUAAAAUGAGGAACAAUGGUUUUUGUGUGAAAGCAACAGUUCUUAGAUCUAAUGAAAUAAUACUUGAACAGCAUUGUAUAUUAACUGUAGAUAGCUUGGGUGUAAGAUAA